AUGCCACACCUAAUCCACCACAGAAGACGUCACUCCUGGCCCUACUCCAACGGAGAAGCGCGCCUACGUGGACGACGAAACCUCCCCCUUCCUAGGGUAUCCGAGCCACAAAAUCCCUUUGAACAGCAGUUCCUCACCCCCUUGGUCUCGGGAGACUUCCCAGAAGACGAUGCGGCGUCCGCCGGGAUUAUUCGAUCGAAGACAGCGCGACCCCAUCGCCUCUGGCCUCAUUCCAGCUCCAGAGAGACCGUGGCCUCGGGAACAAGCGGACAGUAUCCCACCACUGGAGCUGGCUCUGGUGGUGGCUCACUCCGACGGAUGAUCCGCCCACCGCUAGACAAGGCUCGAUCGCUCUUCAUGGUGCCAACAACAACCACGGCAGGAGAAAAUGUAGUCAUUUCGUUCUGGGUACCACGGCAGUCUGGUGUUCAACAGCUUCCACCUGCGGCUCCGGGUAGGGUAUUGGGAGACGAUUUGCAGCGUUUGUCGGCGAGCUACGGUAUCCCUCGCGUCGUCGCUCCGUCAGCCCAGCACACAAUGUGUGCCCGAGAACACGAGCACACCACUACCACUACCACCACCAACACUACCUCAAAGCGAUCCUCGGGAUCAUUCCACCCACGUCGCAGCGGCGAUGAUUACCGUCGUUACAGCGGAACCGUAAACCACUACGGUCGUCACUCGAAUGACUGGCUUUUUGGGGGGUUUAGUCUUCGUGACACUGUUCGUGAUCGUGUGGAUCGAUUACGGGGACAUGGAGAGAAGAGUUGA